GUUAGAGAGGAAAAGAGAAGGGUAGAGGAGCAAGAACAGAAAACAGGAGAUAUUUUGAUCAAUCACACAUUUAUCUUAUAUUCUAUCUUUUCGUUGACAGCAGCAAAAGGACGUGGUGGAGAGCUCCGGCCACAUUCCAUGUUCAUCCCGGGACAGUACUCCACUUUGGGCCGAGUUCGGAGCGUCAACUCAACGCUCUCACGCUCAGUCACCAGAGACUCAAGCUGCCAAACAGAAGAAAUCAAGAUCGUACCCCCGUCCAUGAGAAGAAUUCGGGCUCAGAGAGGACAGGGAAUUGCUGCUCAGAUGGCCGGAAUUUCAACUUCCUCCUCGACAGGAAGUAUAUCCAUCUCCAGCAGUGACAGCUCCGGGAUGUUGAUGCUGCCACAUCAGUUUAACGGAGACCUUUCCCGUUUCCACAGUCUGCCAAGACCGGGCGCCAGGGUGUCCCUCAGUGCUGAUCCCAUCUACAGCAGCACCCCCAUCAAGUCAGAGGAGCAAACACCUCAGAGGCAGAUUGGAAAGCUUCAGGUUGAUGAUACAGUGGUGCACAUGAGAAACGCCCCAAGGACAGGAACUCUACCAAGGCCCAAGUCUCAGGAAGUGAGGCGGACACAGUCCAGUGAGUGGGGUGGGGGUCCGGCGUGUGUGGUUUCCCCACAUGCCGCCUAUUCCACCUCAGUUAUCCCCAAUGCCACCCUGUCAAGCUCCACUGAGGUCAUCACGCUCAACACCUCUGGUCUACUCCCCCACUCCCCAGCCUCAGUUUAUUCCACAAACCGACCGCUCAGUCUGGCUUCCCUCUCUAACACUGACCCUCUGACCUCAAGUCCGACAGCUUUCACCCACAGCUCCACCUGUCCAGCACUGGCCACGUCCACCCCCACUCAUGCACCACAGGGUGGUUGUCCAGUUGUUGCUGCACCCGCUAGCGAGUCAGGACACUCAGACAGCAGCAUACACAGCCAUAGCACCUUGGCUCCCACGCCUCCAUCCUGUCUGCCGGAGGAGCAGUGGAUAUACGACACACCAGAAAACGUGGUGGUCCCUCACCGCACUCUCACCUCCAGCUGCUCCACCCCCAUCAACCAGCUGUACAACAGCCUGGAACACUCCUCCAGGACCACUACUGAUUCCAGCUCUCUCUAUUCCCAGGACAACGAUGGAUACUUCACUUCUAUGCACAUGGACUCUGGCCUUCGCUCUCGCAGCCAUGGCAGUGGGCAUGGCGCAGCAGCUGGCCGGGCCACCAGACACAGCAUGUACGAGUGCCGUGAGAUGGCCAAUCAGGAGGACUCUGGAAGCUUGUACAGUGAUCGCUCUCUGUCCCGCAGCAUCUCCCUUCGCAAGGCCAAGAAGCCGCCCUUGCCCCCAGCCCGCACAGACUCUCUGAGACGCAAGCCUGGUGCGAAAAAGCCCCUUGGAGGCGUUAGUGCCAUAAGUGGUGCUAACGAAGCAAAUAGCGCCAUGCUUAAUGAGACUCUAAUUGCCAGUUUGCAGCAGAGCCUACAGAUGGGGCUCAGGGGAGGGAAAGGAAAGGGCGCUUCACCAUCUUCACCCUCUCACAGUCCCAGCAGUGACUACGAUGACCCCUGGGUGAUACGGCCACGCAGUCAGAGCAGCGUCAGCGCAGGAAGCUCUGCAGCAUCACUUGUAGCUAAUGCAAACUGCGGAGGUGUGUCUAACGUGUACUCACUAUGCCACGUGACGCCUGCUCACAGUGACACCAGCAGCUUACGUUCCGACUACGCCGAUUCCUGGGGUUACUACAUGGACUACCCUCGUAACCAUGGAGACCAGAGGGCACAGACCCCUCCAGCCACAGAUACCAUGACAGCUGGCACUCACAUGGGCGAACUACAAAACGGAGGUGAGAUUCACAGAAACAGCCAGGCGCCAGGAGCUCCAGGGCAGGAGGGAGGGGUAGCAGUGAAGCCCAAAACGUCGACUUCCUCUCCGGACAGGGUGCACAGACUGACCUCCCCAUCCAGCGGAUACUCCAGCCAGUCCAACACACCCACGGCUGGAACCCCGGUGCCGUCAUUCAUCAGGUCCAUGUCCCCCUCCAGCCGACCCAAACCCAAAGUGCCUGAGAGGAAAUCCUCACUGCUCUCCUCUGUGUCCAUGUCCUCCUCUUCUACCUCCCUCUCAUCCAACACCUCAGACUCGCUGAAGAGCUGGGGUCCUCCAGCACCACCUCCACCGCUCCCUCUCUCCUCUUCAGCUCCCAACACCCCUCUCAGCCCACCUCCACCUUUCCCAGCCCCUCUCCCGCCAAGUUCAAGUGCAUGUUCCACCACUCCUCCACCAGCUCCCCCCUUGCCAACCACUCCACAGGGAAUUUCUGUGACCCCACAUCCAGCUUGCUCCACCUCCCCAGAAUUCCCUCCUCCCCCAUCCCCUGAAACACUAAUUCACCCGAGUUUGUCCUUCAAUGGAAGCUUCAGUCCCCCCCCACCUCCUCCUCCUAUGCCCUCCUGCGGACCCCCUCCACCUCCUCCACUACCUACUUUUUCUCCACCUUCCCCCUCCCUAUCUCUUGUGAAGGCAGUGAAGGAUGCUCCCAAACCAGCUAUUUCCAGCAGCCCCACAAAGACCGCUAAGCCCCUGAUUACCCCGUUUGCACUACAGAGCGUUCAGCUACGCUCAAUCAAGCGGCAAGGGAAGGAAAUUAAUGGCAAAUCAGACCACACCACAGCUCAGGAAACUGGGGUGGACCUCCCUCGUAGUCCACAGACCCUGGAGAAAUCUCACUCCCAGGUGUAUCCCACUGUGAUACCUGUGUUUAACAGCUCUCCAGAGGAUGAUUCCCGUAAUUCCUCACCAUCACCUGUGUCAAAGCUUUUAGAAGAGUUAACAUUAAACUGCAAUAUCACUGAGGAGACACCUGACAGUGCUGUCUUAAAUGGAAAAGCUGAGGAUCAGAGUCACUUUCUCUCAAACGGAAGAGAAACAGAUGAAGUGCAGAACUCAUUGCCAAGCCCCCCAGAGAGCUCCCAAAGCUCACCUGUCAAACAGAAGCCCCCAGCCAUCUCCAAGAAACCCAAACUCUCUUUUGUCCCACAGUUUAGCUCCCAGCUAAUCAAUGAACAGGCUCCAGCUCAGUGUGAGGAUACUAUCAGCCUGUCCCAAACAGAGGACCAAGUAGAUGCUCUGCAAAGACAGACAAAGAAGGAAGAGGAAGAGAGGGAGCAACAGGAGGAGGGGGAGAUUUCAGAAAUCUCUGAAUCAUUAGCAGAGAGCAGUGAAGCAUCCACAGAAAUCCAGGACGAGUACCACGUCUCUCUUCCUGCAAGCCAGGAGACGAGUCUCGACUAUGGGCCGUGCACCAACGGAGAGGCCCACGAAGAGGAAUAUGAGGACGGGGAUGGAACAAGCAGCACAACUGGAUCCAUCAGCUCCAAAGAGGACGAGUCAGGUGAGUCGAAGUUAUUGUGCUUUUUCAACAAAUUUAAAGUUAGAAAUGUAGGGAUUGACGAGUAA